GCUCGUGGACAAGCAUAAGUCUGGAAUGACUAGAAUACAAUAUCGUCAGCAUAUAACAAAUCCACACAAAAAUAUUGUAGCUCGUACGCAUGAUGAAAGAUUCGUUAAAAAAUUUUUGGAAGACAGAUGUCUUGAGAAUGACAAGAUUAAGUGUAUAAGUAACGCAAACUGCAAGAAUAAUAAAUGUUUCAAGAACAUAUCCAGUCUAAAGCCUGCAGCAAGCCGCAUUUAAGCUGCGUUCCGAGGUGCAAUAUGGGAAAUCGACGAUACGUUAAGUAAAAACAGAAGAGAAGUAUAGGAGUGUCUCAUCUUAAGGACUCAUGACGGCAAGACAUAACGAUGGUGCCUCAACGAUUGUCCUUGUAUUUCUCCUAUUGCUCAACGUCAUGCUACAGAUCGAGAGUUUAGCCGGCAUCGAGACGGAUAACGUAGCGAAAACUGGACAAGAAUCUGCCGGGGAAUCACCGGCAAUUGUCGAAAACGAUUUGGUAGCCCCCAUGAGUUUUGGGACUGAUAACUCUACAGUAAUAGUCGCACAGACUGGGUCAACUGCCCUCAUACCAUGCAUCGUAAAAAAUAUUGGUGACAGCAUGCAUGUAUCGUGGAUACGAAGAAGAGGUGUUCAGCAACUGUUAACCGUCGGCUUAACGACGUAUGCGAGUGAUGAGCGUUUCCAGGCGAUACAUUUUCAACACAGCGAAGACUGGACGCUUCAAAUAAAAUACGUCCAACAACGUGACGCAGGAGUUUACGAAUGUCAAGUGUCCACGCACCCUCCAUCCAGCAUAUUCCUAUUGCUACAGGUGGUCGAUGCACACACGGAAAUAGACGGACCGAUGGAAAAAUUCGUCAGACCCGACAGCACGCUGUUGCUGCACUGUGUUGUUAAAAAAUCGACCGAAAUACCGUCGUAUUUGUUUUGGUACCAUAAUUCUCGUAUGGUGAACUUCGAUACCGAUCAAGGAUACAAUGUUAGCAGGGAUUCAUCGGGGAGAGAAAGUUGGCUCGAAGUUUCCAGAGCGACGUCACGUCAUUCUGGAAAUUAUACAUGCGUUGCGAGUAACGCGAAGUCGACGCGUGUUCUAAUACAUAUAUUCAACGGGGAUAAUCCAGCAGCAAUGCAGCAUAGUGCAGCCGCAUCUUCUGCCAUAAGUUUACAUCCUCUAUAUCUUGUUAUUACGGUUGUCCUUAAUAACUUUAUCGCUGCGGUUUUAUCGCGGCGCGUACAUUCGUCCAAUGAAAAUAUCAAAAUUAAGUACUUUCGAUGAGAACACGAAUAAAGAAUGAACUCCCAGCACGAGUCGUCGUUAUAAAUUCUGAAUUAUUUAUGAUAGUUGAAGUUCAGCUAAAGUGGAUAAUGUUAUGAACUUGAGAUAUUCCAAUUUGAAACCGACAUAAUAUGUAUGACGGUGUCGUGAAAGUUUUAAAAAACUAUGACGAUUAAUCAAAACGAAAUUACACCUCAUUGUUUAACGAACAACUAUAUAUUUCGGGAAUUCCAUGCGAACACGAACUACGUCUGACCGUCACCAUUUCUGAGUU